CAGCAACAAGAGGUCUUGUUUGUUGAGAGCAAAUAGACCAUGUCUUUUGCAAUAAUAUGCCUUCGCCAUUCCUGUGCCUAAUUUCCGUACUUUGGUUCGAAGCUUGAUUUUAAAAUAGCAUGAUUUAGCAUUGCAACAGUUGACGGAUUGGUGAUCAAGCAGCACUCCUGAUCCAUCCGGUAAAAGAAUGGUCAUAAAAUAGUACAACGUUACCCUACUUUGGAUUAUUUCGUGGACAAUGAAUUCCAACAGGCGGAUGUAGCCGGAAUUAAGUUUAUCUUUGACCAGACAGCUCAUCGAUGUUCGCACACUUGCCCGCUUGAUUUGUUGAUGUUAAACAAUUUUCUAGCUCGAGAAAACCAGCAUGUGUAUGAUCAUUCCAAUUUCGAUGGAACGUCGUGGGUGCGUGCAAUUCGACGGUUUCGCGGUCAAGCCAGUCCUGCUAGACGGUUCCAUUCGGGUGGUGUUCUCCGGUCGAAAUUGAUUUUCGCGAGCAAAUUCCCAAUGUAACGUUAAUGUGGGGAUUUGAUUCAUAUUUUUCUUUUGUUGGUCAUUAAUUUAGCAACGUUUGUGAUUGGUGGUGAGGCUCUGCGAAAACUUAAUUACAAGUGGUUUGUACAGGAAAUGGCCGAAAAAGUUGCGAUGAAGUGAAAUCAUAAAAAUCAAACCUGUGGUAAAUACAAUUAUCCACGAAAAACCGACCGUCAUGUGGUGAAACGAAAUAAUGGAUUCGAAGAAAAAUGAGAAAACCGAAACGGGGGCAGCUGUACAGAUUGCUGAGUGGAUGAGAGAAUAAACAAUAAAAGUGAAUGAAAAAGUGAAGGAAAAGUUUGAAUUUUUUUUUGUUUUUGUUUGUUGUUGGGAAAAUGAUUUGUGACAGAGCUGCCGCUGUGGAAGAAGGGAGCACCGAGCACCAGCAGCAUCAUAAUCCGCUUUUGUUCCGGCAGCUGCAGACCUACAGCAAAUUGAUGGGCGGCGGACUGACGCCGGAACAAGUAGCGGAGGUUUGUUAUUUAAAUUUGUACGGCCUCGUCGUUAGCUUGCUAGCACUGGCCGCACUGGUCGGAGCGCUUAUUUACGUCGGUUGGAAGUUUGAGUGGAAGCGUCAUAAUCUGCUGGCUUUGCAUAAUUUGCGGUCAACGCUAGUGUUGGUAUCAAUUCUGGUUGGUAUCUGCGAAGUGGCUCAGUACUGUUUGGUAGUGCACCGAAUCGGUGCGCCUGUAGCUAGCACUUUAUCCACGGUGGUGGGUGGGAUCUCAGGAAGCGACGCCCAAGAUAACGAUGGAGGCGGAGAAGCUGCUGCUGCACCAUUAGUGACGGCUGUGCUUGGAUUGUGUCUUGCUUGCACUACACUAGCUUCAUUACUGCUUGGAGCGAUUCUGACGAGAAUUAUAGAGUUGAAAGAUAAAUCUGGACUAUUAUACAUCGCUUUGGCGUCCCAAGGCGCUCAGGCUGUAGCGAAGUGGUGUAAAUUUAAAUACAUCAAUGAUGUCAUGGACACGACCAAAGCUAGCCUGCCAUCGUCUCUCGCUAUGCUGUCGGCCCUGAUGCUUACUGCGCUGGCUUUGGUGGAUGGGAUGACUAUUUGCUUGGAAAAUUCUCCCACCAGACAAUACCUAACGACCCUAAAGACGAAGAAAACGACGGACUUAAAGUCAUCCUCGACGCCCUUCCUGUCGCGGCUCACCUUCUGGUGGAUUACACCACUACUGUGGUGUGGCUUUAUCAAACCGUUGGAACUGGAAAAUCUCGGAAUGCUGCCAGAAAAGGACACCAGCCGGUAUCACUACGAUCAAUUUCUGUUCAUUUAUCAAAGCUUGAGGAAACCUGCCUCUCUGUGGCGAUGCUACGUGCUCAAUUGCUGGCAAAUGUUUCUCGCUGGAGGAGUGUUUAAGCUUAUGGGCGACCUCUGCGCCCUCGUGGGUCCACUUUGCAUAUCCAAUAUUGUCGAUUACAUUGCAAAACCUCUGACAUCCUCAUCGGUGAGGGCCACUAAUGCCGGUGGCGAGGCUGUAAUACCACCAUCUGACAACGCACCAUUUGUGUAUAAUCUUCGGAAUCAAUCAAUCCCAACCCCAAACGAUGAGACACUUCUGUUGAGCUCGCUGACUUGGGCAGAAUUGUUGGCCAACGGUUGGUUUGUGGCGCUGCUGGUGUUGGUGUCUUCGUUAGCUCAGGGCACUUUUUCGCAGACCAGUACUCACAUCAUGGACAUGGAAGGAAUCCGACUGAAAAAUGCCCUGCAAGGAUUGGUGUACAGGAAAACAUUACUGCUCAGUUCCAGUGGACCAAGAGCGCGCAAAUCUAAACAAAAGUGUGAUGUGGAAGCUGCCACACGUGAGGAAAAAACAAGCGAUAGGUGCUGCGAUGGGAGCGAGACCAACCGUCGGCCGGUAGAAAUUGGAGUAUCUGACCACCGACGCCGCCCCCCUCUCCCGGACAAGGUCAACCGUAACGGGGAACGCACGGCAGAUGUUACAUCCGAAGCCAAACCAAAAACAACUAGUCAGCAUCCGUUGCAAAAUUCAGAGGAAAAGAUAAAACAUAAAAUAGCUGCUAUCGAUAGCGAUGAUCAGCAACAGUUCGCUAGCGGUCGGGCUGGCAGCCACGCGGCAGCCGUCGGGGAGAAGGAGGUGGAAAAGCAAGCAAAAGUUACCGUCGCUGGGAGUGCAUCGGAAGCGAUCGAAAACGGAAACCGCUGUGCGGAGCGAGCGGACGGAAGGGAACCGCAGGCCGGUAAUGCUGCUACCGAUGCAGGUACCAUAACAAAUUUAAUGUCCGAUGAUGCUUUUAACGUGAUGUCGUUUGUGAAGAUUGCGCAUUACGUGUGGGCGAUUCCGUUAAAGAUAGGAGUUGUAAUGUAUCUUCUGUAUCAACUGCUGGGAAUUAGUACCAUAAUUGGAUCGGUGGUCUGUAUCGUCACGGUGAUUCCCCUCCAGUUUCUCAUCGGAAAGAUGAUGUCGGCUAACUCCAAGAAGGCUUCGGAAUGCACCGAUGAACGGCUCCGGCGGAUCAAUGAGGUGCUGCUGGGGAUAAAAUUAAUUAAACUGAAUGCCUGGGAAAAUGUGUUCCAAGAGAAGAUUUCUCGAGCCCGUCAGAAGGAACUGCGGCAUCUGGAUCUGGACUCGUGCUACUGGACGUUGAUGAUGCUUCUCACGCACAUCUCGUCGGUGAUGAUAACCUUCGUCACGGUGGCCGUUUUCACCCAUCUGGAGGAGCAGAACGAGCCGGGGUCUAAUGUCCAAUUCACGGCAGCACGGCUGUUUGCCUCGUUGGCACUGUUUAAUCAACUGACGGUGCCAUUGUUUAUCUUUCCAAUCACGAUUCCGAUUAUCCUGUCGGCAGUGGUAAGUACCAGAAGAUUGGACGCAUUUCUUUGCCGGCCGGAAGUGUCCGGUGAGAGGCGAGCACCAGCGAAGUUCACUUCUGCAGGGCAAGACUGUCACACCAGUGACGUAUCGUUUGAUAAUUCCUGCGAAGAUAACGAACCGGAAGGUGACACCCGUCAGGCGGUACAGCAUAACGAUGGCGAUUUGCUGCAAGGUGUAGUGGAGAAACUUAUGGCAGGUUCAACAAAAAAACGUACGCGUUCUGGGGCAGGUACUAGAUCAGGUGAUAAUUUAUGCUACGAAUCAUCGGAGCGAGAAAGUGAGAAUGAGCUGGAUUCUCAGCGUCGACAAGUGAAUUUAGGCGACGAAAGGCUGAAAACGGUCUUACCUGGUAGUAGUAGUAGUGGCACACCUUUACUGCCCAAAACUUCCACGGCCUGCAGCCGGAGCACAGGCUGCCCGAAAGAGCAUCGGAAAACUAAUUCCCAGGCCAAGUGUCCGCUCGUUGCGAAUCUUCACUUCACCGGGUCCGGGCGAACGGAACAGAAAUCACACGGACCGGUGACUGCUAAUGAGUCGAGAUUUGCAAAGCAACCGAACCCUGGCAGAGGCGACGAUGAUAAUGAUGUCCCGGUGGUUUGCAUGAAGGAUGCUCGCUUUCAGUGGGGUUGGCUGGCGGACGACGAGAAAACGGAAACUCCUGUCCGCACCGUUAAGCUGGAAGAAGAAAGUCAGACACUGAAGGUAGACCAGUUGAUCAUUCCGAAAGGAAAACUAACGGUUAUUGUCGGCCGUAGUGGAAGCGGUAAAUCAUCAUUACUGGCGGCGCUAUUGAACGAAAUAAAUCAUCUGUCCGGUGAAGUGAAAUGGAACAAAUAUGCCACCAUCGCUUACGUCCCCCAGCACCCGUGGCUGCUGAAUGCCACCGUUCGGGACAAUAUUCUGUUCGGUGAACCGUUCCGACCGAAACGUUUCGACCGGGUUCUGAAGGUUUGUGCACUGAAGCCCGAUAUCGAACUGAUGCCGUACGGAGAUAUGAGCGAAAUUGGUGAGCGGGGAAUCAAACUGUCCGGAGGUCAACGCCAGCGGAUCGUGAUGGCUCGAGCCUUCUACUCAACAGCGAACGUUGUCAUCAUGGAUGAUCCACUCUCAUCGCUUGAUAACGAGGUCGGAAAGUUCGUGUUUGACCACGGAAUCCGACGGGCGCUACGCAGGCAGAAGCGAACGGUUAUCAUGGUUACGCAAAGUCUACAGUUGCUGUUCAGUGCUGAUUAUAUUAUAGCAAUGGAGGCGUUCGCCGUAAGCGCAACAGGCACGUUAUCGGAAAUUGAAAACAAUUUCCCGCAAACGCUAGAGCAGUGGAAGGCAAUUAUCGCCAAGGAGCAGCAAUCCAAUGGAACGGGACUAAGUCCUGGCAAGACAGCCCGAGAACGAUGGAAACUGUUCAAAAUCGUUUCUCGGAUAAGUUUGCAGAAGAGACACGCCCACGAUGAGUACUACGAGCAGCCAGCCGGCACGCUGCUCUAUACUCCUGCGGCGUUACAGCGUAAUUCCAGUUUAUUUGGAUCACGUUUUCAUACACACGAUUUGCCACUUCCCAUCGACGAGUACCACGGAGGGGAUGUCCAACUUCGUCGCCAUUACUCGAAGGGUUACCGAGCGGACGGCAGAGCUUUGCGGGGUUUCAGCGAUGGUGCCGUACCAAUAACCAAAGGAGGAAAGUCGCCGGGAGUAAAUGGUGCGUUAUGCAACAGCGCCCCCCGUCCGCAAUCUCUCCAGACAGGACGGGGUGACAUUGAUAGCCAGACCCGAGCAGGUGAACGAGUGCUUUCGACAGUCAACCCACACAAAUCACGCUCACCAGUUAGCCGAAAUUCGAGCGAUGGCGCAGCGUACCGCAGACCGCAUGAAAGGUUGCGUUUUUCGGAUAUAAUAGGAUUGCGAAACAUUUUUCCCGGUCUAAGCCGCAGCACAUGGGGUCGGCACUCCAAUCCGAUGGAGCUGACGCGAGUAGCCGGCCAGGCUAGAAUACCAUCCGCCCCCAACAAAACCGGCUCCGUGAAAAGUUUGUCCCCCAGUGAGCAGGAUCAAGCGUCACAACAUCGGCAGCUACAUGGGGAGCCACCCUCUGGCUGGCGAUAUCCAUUGCGGAAGCUCAUCUCCAAUACUUCUGAAUAUAGCGAGGAGAUUGAAGAAGAGGCAUACGCAGAAGAUCCGGAAGCGAACGAUGUCUCAAACCGGCUGCUCAUGGACGAGGAGCGAAAGUAUGGCACAAUUCCAGCCCGCAUUUACUGGCUGUACAUGAAGGCUUCUGGACCGCACAUCGCAGCCACCUUUCUGCUGAGCGCUCUUGCCCAGCAGUGCCUCCGAGCGUACACUGACUUUUGGCUGCAGAACUGGACCGAAGGAACGCAUUCGCACCGGCCGCCGGAAGACGACCCUGAUCCGCUUGAUAUAACAUACAAUUUCCGGGUUUACGCACUACUCUCUGGAACAUGCAUUCUGUUGGCGAUGGUUUCGUUCCCAACUGGUCAGCUGGCCGGCAGCAAGGCACGUAGGCGAUUGCACCGCAAACUACUGGCGUCUGUAUUGAAAAACUCGAUCCAUUUCUUUCAAACGGUACCCUUGGGUCGUAUCAUGAAUCGACUCAGCAUCGAUAUCGCCGUGGUCGAUAAGAAAAUCGCUGCAACAAGUCAGAAGCUGCUGCAAUUUAUUCUGCUGUGCCUUUGUGCGGUGCUCAUAAAUAGUGUCGUGACGCCGUAUUUCAUCCUGUUAACAAUACCAAUUUGCGGCAUUUAUUACAUCGUGCAAAAGUUCUACCGGUGCUCUUCCAGAGAGCUGCAGAGAAUGGAAAGCUUCACCUAUUCACCGAUAAUUGCACAUUUUUCGGAAACCAUCGAUGGAGUAACGACAAUCCGUGCCUACCGGCAGGAAACCCGCUUCACGGAUACUUUGUUUCGGCGAAUGGAAGCCAACAAUGUGGCUCAGGUUAUCCUAAAUUGCAGCAACCGGUGGCUGGGAAUCGCGCUAGAUUAUUUGGGAGCAAUCAUUGUUUAUGUGGCAAUUUGUAGUGCACUAAUAACGGCCACUUUGAAGCCACAAACAACGAACUCUUCGCUGGUUGGUCUAGCUAUAAAUUACGCGCUGCUGGUCCCGAUCUACCUCAACUGGGUGGUCAAGCUGGCCGCCGAAAUGGAAAUGUACAUUGGAGCGGUAGAGCGGAUACAGGGCUACAUCGAGGAUAGUCGAAAGUGGGCGAGGGAACGCAAUAAAAUCAAAUAUAAACCCGUCCCGAUCUCAUGGCCUCAGAAAGGUGACAUCGUGUUCGAGAACGUUUCCCUGCGGUACGAAAGCCACAAGGAGAAUGUAAUCGCAAAUUUGAAUUUAACCAUUCCCACCGGACAGAGGAUUGGCAUAUGCGGACGGACCGGAAGCGGUAAAUCUUCGCUAGCGUUGUCGUUAUUCGGUGUACUGGAGCUGGUCGAUGGGCGAAUAUUGAUCGAUGAUGUCGACAUUGCUAGCAUUCAUAGCGAGGAGCUACGCAGCCGGCUAUCGAUAAUUCCUCAGGAGGUGGCUUUGUUCGGGGGGAGUCUCCGGGAAAAUCUGGACCCGCGGGGACAUUUUGGUGAUCUGGAACUAUGGAACUGUCUAGAGAUGGCACAACUGAAGGAGGUGGUGAUGAGGCUACCGGAUGGACUGGGUACUCAGAUCGACGAAGGCAGACCUCUGCUAAGUGCUGGACAGCGUCAGCUGCUGUGUUUAGCCCGUGCUGUUUUGCGGGGCUCGGUUUGCUUAGUAUUGGACGAGGCGACCUCUUCGUUGGACCUGGAGACGGAAAAACUGGUACUGAAGGCGGCUGGAAAAGCUUUCAACGGUCGAACGGUGAUCACGAUAGCGCAUCGAUUGCACUCGUUGUUCGAUUACGACCGAGUGGUAGUCCUCGAGCGAGGUACCAUCGUCGAAGACGGAUGCCCCCGGGUGUUGAAAAAGCGCUCCGAUUCCAAGUUUGCUGCCAUGCUGAAAGCUUCGUUGGACUACCAGCACCAGCAGCCGGAUCAUACCAAGUAGUUGCCAGUACGCUUCACAGAGCCCUGAUUGAACCCUACGGGCUACGGAUUUCACCUAUUAUGGAGAAAAGAUUGAUUGCUUCUCGUUGCAGUUGGCGCGGCGGAAAAUAUUCGGUACAACCAACCUUACAGAUCUUAAGUGUUUGUACUGUUGUUCGUAACUUGAUAGCCUGUGUAACUUUAGGCGAUAAGCAUUUAUUGUGCGGGUAAAUAUGUGUGCAGUUGGAACAGAACAUUAAACGGGAAAGAAAACAUCAUGGAUGAUGGCUAGUUGAACGGAACUACGAGCUUCUACGAGUGGCUGCAAUUAUUGGCUUACGGUUUAUGUGCUUAUAGUGUUUUCAUUGUUCUGGCAAACCUCUCAAUUAGCCGGUAUGUGUCAAGUAUUGUUGAAAAUAAAUUAAGGGCGGUGAAUUACUAUACACGA